AUGGGUCACUCUCAGAAGCUCAGUGAAUCCAAGCGUGGUACCGUGAUAGGUUGCCACCUGUGCAAUAAGCCCAUCUGUGAAAUUUCCUUGCUACUAAAUAUUCCAUGGCCCACUGUUAGUGGUAUUAUAACAAAGUGGAAGAAACUGGGAACAACAGCAACAAGAAGUGGUAGGCCACAGAAAAUGACAGAGCAGGGUCAGUACAGUGCGCAGAAGUCACCAACUGCAAAGUCAACAACUAAAGUCCUCCAAACUUCAUGUGGCCUUCAAAUUAGCACAACAACAUGAAGGGAACUUUGUGGGAACAGUUUGGGGAUGG